GCAAACUUUUGCACGUCUUCCUGUAAUGAGCAAACAUAAAAGCUACAGCUACUGAUACUAUUCUGGAACAGUGCCAUCUGAACUAUAUCUCAGGAACGAAACCACAAAGUCGUAUGCAAAUUCUAGCCUGGUUCCCAUCGGUUCUUGCUGUUUUGCCAUUUCCUGUAGUGGAGGUGACAAGUUAUUUGAAAUUAGCAGCCCAGUUGUCAUAGUAGAUCUUUUAACCUCUCCUUUAUGUGACUAAGUGAUUACUAACAUUAGCCUCCUCUAUACCCCUCUUUAUAUACAUUAUCUCUCCUCUAUCCAUGUAAUGAUUGACAGAUCCUUGUGAAGGAGCAGAUCAGUCUCUGUGUCUGUGUCUCUGCUGAGUCACUGCAAGCUGGAAGGAGCACUAGGCUAGCGGAGCAGACGACAGCAGAGCACCAUGACCUACCGGCUGUUUGAGGAGAAACACCAUGCCUCCAUCUACCAGAGGUACCGCUUUGUACCCCCAGAGGAGAUCAGAGACAUCAUCCUGCAUUACCUGGAAAGGAAGAAAGUCCAGCCUCAUGCCCUAGCUGUGGACCUGGGCUGUGGGACAGGGCAGAACUCACGCCUGAUGGCCCCACACUUCCAGGAAGUGGUAGGCAUUGACAUCAGCGAGUGCCAACUGGAGGAGGCCAGGGCAGUGACAGGGUUCAACAACAUCACCUACAGGAAAGGGACAGCUGAGGAGCUGCCGUUUCCGGAUGCUUCUGUGGACCUACUGACUGCAGCCUCAGCGGCCCAUUGGUUUGACCAGCAGCGGUUCCUCUUGGAGGCAGGCCGGGUCCUGAAGCCUUGCGGCUGCAUGGCUCUGCUUGGCUUUGCUGAUAACUUCAGACUCCAUUACGGCUCAUGUGGAGACAGACUUACUGAUAUCUGUGAUGAGUUCAAGAAGGUGCUGUUACCAUACACCAGUACACAGGUAGCAGUGGCCAACACCAAACUACAGGAGCUUUACACUGCUAUCCCCUUCCCUGACAAAGAGAGAAUUGAGUGUAUCCCACUGAAGCAGCAGAUCUCAGUGAGGAACAUAGUGGGCUUCAUGGAGUCCUUUUCCAUGUACCAGGCCUUCCAGAGGGCCGAGCCUGAUGCUGCCACCGCACUGCUGCAGAGAACACUCGACAGGUUUCUGAAGGAGAUGGGAGUCACAUCACCAGACACACUCAUGGAAGUGACGCUGGAGUAUUUCUGUGUCCUGGCGUCUAAACCGGAGUGAACACUCUUUACAGUGUGAAUGCGUUUGUGUGUAGACAGAUGUUUCUUCAGCUUGUGUCAAUCAUGUUUAAGGUGUUGAUAAGUAGUAUUCUGUUCACAUAAGAAGUCAUUGAAGUCCCUUUGGUUGUCUCUUUUAUGCAUUGUAAUGUAGAGCAAACUAUUAGCCUUAGUCACAUCAUUAUCAAAAUGCUUGCCACAUUUAGUAUCUUCCUUGCCUGAGAUUUACAAUAAAAUUUGUCUGUAAGA